CCGCGUCGUCGCAGCACGGAACACGGACCGAGGAAUGCUUCUCUAGCAGAAGCGCCUCACUAUGAAGCCUGACCCGCCCGUCCGAACAUGGAUAAUUGGGGCGACCCUUGGGCUGACCACACCGACGCUUACGACGACUCUCCCACAAAGCCUGAGCUAGCAUCGCUGCCCCCUGCCGCCUCCGCCGCCCCGCCUGCACUGCUCAAUGUCUUUGUCGACGAUGCCGGCUGGGGGAACAGCGAGGGCGAUGCAUUUGGUGCCUGGGCCACGUCGCCGGGAACAGUUGUUCGUACUCCCAUCGACACGGGAACAUCUGCACCCGUAUCCACUGCAACCGAAGACGCUCUCAGUAGUGUGUCGUGGGACAAGGUAGAACACCGCGAGGGAGAGAAGCCCACCACAUUGGAGCAUGGAGAGACGGUGAGCCUGGGCACGUCCACAUCGAGUCCCGCGACACUGCAGCAAUGGACCAGUCCUGAACAGCCUCUCCACAGUACGCCAUGGGACACGAUACAAGAUGGAGAAGGGGAGACGGUAGAAUGUGAGGAGGAGUACACAACAGAACAUCGACAUGGGGAUGCGGCAGAGUAUGGAGGGGGAGACUCAGGAGAAGGCGAUGGCAAGGACACGGUAGAACAAGAAGAGAGGAACACGGCAAAAUGCGACGAGGACAAGGGCCCAGAUGAUGCCAUCUCAGGCACAUCCGACGCUGUGACUACCAAACAACCCCACGACGCCUCCCCACCUGUUCGAUCUCAACCCGACGAUGACUUAUCGACACGCGCCUCCACCUCUCCAUCCGAGACAAGCCACAACGACGCGCCUGCCGAGUCGUCAAGAACCUCGUUUGAAGAGGAAGGCGCUGGGAAAGUCACUGUGCCACAUCAGGAACACCACGAGACAGAGCCCAACGCUGGACCUGACAAGACCAUCGAUGAGCCCCGGUCUGUGGACUCUGACCGUGCCCCCGACCUGCCCACAACCACCACCGGCCAAGAUACUACUCAAGAUGCUGCCGCUUCUCGAGUGUUCUCUCCCGACAUGGCCUUGGUGGCUGACCUGUUUCCGUCUCCGAGCACUGCGGAAGACCUGCAUGACGCGCCAGAGGAUCCAAUAUACUCAACAACAGCACGGAAGGCUUGGUACAGAUUGACUCGCAAGCAGACGAUGAGAGAGCACAAUGCCGGAUACGACCAAGACAACUACAUCCGCGUCACCUGGGCAAAUUCUCAUGUCAGGUUGGAAGCUAACAAGAUUGUCGGUCGAUGGGCGCGUGAAGAUCGCAUCUCUGGCACUGGAGCAGGCGCGAGAGCCUCCUUUUAUUGGGACACAACCGCUCCAGUCGAUCUGGCUACAACGAGGACCCACGUUCGGAACAAGACAUCAACUCCUACCUCGAAUCCAAUUGCGCCUGCGAGACACAGUCUACCGCCACUACCGACGAACGCAUCCGUUGCUUUCGACUGGAGCUCUCCAUCAGCACAAGCUGAUCCUUGGCAGCAUCAUAUCCCUGCUCUACCAUCCACAUCUUCGCCUUCAAUCUUGAAACACGCUGCCAUCACCAACGCUCAAAAGCAUGGGAGUCGCUCCAUGUCGGCAGAUCUAACACCAUACAAACAUGGACAAGCAACACACAUCUCAAACUCAAGCCCGCCGCCUGUCUCCUUUCCCACCAUGGACUCAAGAGAUCCGUGGGCCAAUCUUGGCAGCCUCGAUACCAAAAUCUCCAGAGAAGAAUCUGCGAGCGCUCAGGUCGAUGAUGAUGACGAUUGGGGCGAAAUGAUACAGAGCCCAGCAGUGUCCGUUCCACCUCAGUCAUUUGGGGCCUUUCCUGACACGGCGUAUGCUUCUCCCAUCGUUCCACUUGGGAACAUCAUAUCGCCAACAUCAGGUUCUUCUCAGAGGAAUAGUUUUGUAUCACCCAGCAUUGAGCACAGUCCGAUUGGAUCCAGCACCUUGGAAUUAGCAAAAGAUUUGGCAGUCUCAACGCCAGAGACUAAUAUACUCGAGCUAUCAAGCCCGUUGCCCUCAGAAACAAAACCAGGCGCAAGAGAACAGAACACCCCCGAGGAGAGCGGUAACUUAGAUGAGUUCUUCGCCUGGAAACCAGCAGUCCCCAUAUCUGUAUCAGAAACGACAAAAGAUGACCACUCCUCAAAGUCUGCCUCCACUACCUCACUUGCAGCUCCAUCUUCUACAAACCCACCAGUCGACUCCUGGGCCGACGCCGACUUUUCAAUCUUCGAAUCAAGUGUUCCGUCUCAGCCACCCGCAUCUCAACAGCACGCUUCCGAUUCAUUUUCCAUCCUCACAAAUCCAGCGGCAGAAGAGCCAGCACAGCCUGUUUCACACUCAUCGCCAAACAUUUUGACGUCGACGCCGCCACUUACUGGGAUAACGAACUCGGCGACUAGAAGGAAAGCAGACGAGGAUCAGAUCGUCAAGGACAUUGUGGGUGGAUUGCCAGAUUUGAUGUAUAUGUUGUUAUGAUAACGUCAGAACGCUUUUCUUGAUCUCGUUGCGUGCAUAGCGUGUAUUUCUAUAGCGUCUUUCUGUUACUGCACAGGCUAGAUGGUGGAGCAGUUCUUCGGGCAUAUGUAAAUUACACUUUUGUACAGUUUUGCGGUUGUAGACGUAUGGUCUGUGUAGCAUACAAAUAUCAUUCAUAGGCUAGGGUAUGAUGUACUGCCAUAGGCUCAUUGAUCACGGUUUAAUAACUACACGAUAAGUGUUUGCCCCGUCAAUGACACUAUGCGGCAAGUCAAGGGGUGCUGAAGAGUUGGGCCUGAGACAUGAAUCUUGGAGAAGGGGGAAGAAGAUUUCUGGAAGGAAUGACAACAUAUUUGUGAGAAGAUUUCGAUUUAAGCUCUUUUACCCAUUCAAGAUCAUCUACAAUAGGUAUAACAAACAUUCCAUGUACCAUAUCCAUAACCUC